AUGUCCUCAUCUACUCGCGUGAAAUACUUCUCCGUCGUUUCCCUCAAGAUGGUUUCUAUAUGGAUUGCCUUCCUCUCUGCAUUUGCUGCCGCAGUCAGCGCUGCGCCAACCGCCAUUGCUGACAACAAUUAUGGUGCCCUUAACAUCACCGAUACCCUAGAUCGCAAUCUUCGCAACGGAGAAAUUGUCGCUGCCAUCAUCAUCCAGAACACUUGGGAACUCCUGUUGAAGGUCGAGGGUCUUGAGGCCGAGACUCCAGACAUUGAUCAUGAUUUCCUUAGGUCUGGUGAUGAGUUCUCGGAGAUAUCCGUGAACCACACCGGUCUCGCCCUUGAAAAACGUGACUGCAACAGCAACUAUCAGGCCGUAGUUGAUCGCACUCAGCGCUUUGUUGACUGGGAUGUCCAAAUGUCCCCUGUUGUCAUCGGUGCUGGCAGUAAGGGUAUUGACAUUACCAUUCCCAAGUCAUACUCCAUUGCGAACAGUGUCCAGGUUUCUGCUGGCAUUGAUCUGGGUCUCAUCAAGGACCGACUCAAGACUAGCUUUGGGAUCAACUACUCGCGUACUUGGACGACGGGCCGGGGCUACCUCAUUCGAGGCACCGUUGAUGAUGGUUACACUGGUGUCGUUAUCACUCGCCCCUGGACCAACCGCAAAUACGGCCGCACCUUCCAGGGUUGCAUUGGAAGCCUCCGACAGACUGGAACUUUUAUGGCUGACAGCCACGAGAAUGGCUCCUGCGAGGGCGUUACUUGGGUCGGUGGUGCCAUUACUGCCUGCAUCAAGAGGCAGAGCUCUAUCCCAUUGUCCCGGUGUAAUGGUAGCGGCAACUUCCGAUAA